AUGGGGCACUCGUCAGCGCUGACUGUCCUCAGACACCCGCAUUCGUUGGUGGAGCAGGUGUUUAUUGAGCGCCUACCACAUGUCACUCAGUGUGCUGGGCCCCAGGAAGACACCGAGAACGAGCUCUCGCUGGAACAGCACAACCUGUCUUUAUCCUCCGAGGAGCUCCUGCCGGAGACGAGCCGCGCGCUCAGUGCUGCACAUGUGGCCUUAACAGAGACUGUUCCCGGGUCCCUGCCCAGCAGGUCUCUCCCUGUCAUAGCCUCUCCAUCUGCCACUACUUUUGAUACGACUUUUUUACACCAUGAGGAACAGACCCGAAGUGCAGGGGAUCAUAGCAUCUUUGUGGCUAAUUACGGGUCAGUGACAAGUAACGAGGUGGCUGUUGGUGAUGAUGACAUGGAUAACUUUUUGCCAGAUGCCCACUGGCCCUCUUCACGGUUGGUUUCCCCCGUGCCCUACAUCACAGCCAGCCCUCCAGGGCUGCCCCGAGAAAUGCCCGAGCCUGCGCCCACUCCGUUGCUACCCAGUAUUUCUGUGCAGCAUGAAGAGGUGGUGUCGGCCUGGCAAAACACAGUGCAGCAACCAUCGGCAUAUGUCGAGUCCUCUGGGCACUUUGGCACUUUGUGGUCGACUUUUCCCACCUCUGAGGGCAUAAUUCCAACUCCUAGUAGGAAUCUGGUGCUUUAUCCUACAGAAACUUACAGGCAGUCAUCAAGUAGGACCCCCCUAGAGAUCGUGGCAUCGGUAACGGAGGGUCCAGAGGCCCUGGAUCUCAGCUCCUGGUCUCUGGUGUCUCUGCUGUCGGGUAGUGGCCUGACUCCGCAGCCAUCUGUCCCCUCGGAGCAGGCCUCCCAGCCCCCAGACGAUGUCCUGGCCACGAGCGCAGAAGGAGACCCAGCUGUGACCACUGCUUUGAGUCAAGCCCUGGAAGAAGCCAUCUCUCCAGGAACAUCUCGCACUGUCACCAAGUCACACGCAGCCCUUACGUUCAGCAGCACACAUUCUGCUUUGUUUUCAAGCCCUCCUGCCUCUGCCUCCUUUUCUGUUCAAGCAGCCGAUGUUUCCUCUCACCCCGUCCUUCCCAGCAGAGCCAGCGAAGCAUCAGAAUUGCCUCGCCGUUCUCUGGUCCCCAGUUGUACAGGUGGCCAGACUCCGCUGGCCUACCCCAGGCCGUACACUUGGUGCGCGUCCUGUGCUGUGGCUUCUCCACGGCCUCUUCCAGCCACAAGCCUUGUGGAGGGAAACAUGGGGUCAGGGGAUGGGCCCGAGACCCUGUCGCUGGCCACACUGCAAGUGAGCAGCCCCUCUCCGUGGAGCAGCGUGGGCCUGGACUUUGCUGAUUUUGAGGAAGAUCCUCAAGAAUUUAAUACAUUUUUCCCCCCGAGACCUGUCGUCUCCCUUUCUUCCAGACUGGUGGGGGUCUCAGAAGCAAGCAGCAGUCUGUCAGCUGAGGUGGAUGGGAGCGGCGUUACCACCACCCAGGAGUCCUCUGUCCAUGGCCCCCUGACUGCGCCAGUGUCGCCCGAUCCUGCCUCAGUCUCUUCUGUGGGCCCUGAAGCAGUGCCGUCCACGGUGGCGGCUGAGCUCCCUUCCGCCACCAGCAUCUCCCUCGAUUCUUCAUUCUCUGUCAUGGCCGACAGAACCCUCUCAUCACUUGCCACCACGGACCGGAGUCUCUCCGCCUCUGACAGCUGGGCCCCUUCAGUAGCAUCCUCCCUUCUCUCUGCCCAACACCCUGCCCACCUUUUGGAACGCGAACCCGGGAGUCUUUUGGAUUUUGUGUCCAGCUUUUACCCGACUCCACCGCUGGAACUCAGCGGCCUGGCCCCUUCAUCUUCAGAAGCACCUGCUUCUCCCUCUCCGAUGCCAAGGGACCUGUCGCCCUCCACGUCUCAGUCCUUCUCCUCCCUGGCGGAGAUGUCUGUGUUGUCUGACUCUGUCAGCUGGGAGUCACCUCAGCUCCCUGUCCCCAGUUCCACAAACUUUGAGGUUCCUCAGCCCUCACCCAGUUCAGACUUUCCUUUAAAAACAGCCGCUUUCCCGCCUGCUCCCUCGACAACGUCACCACUCUCCAGCCUCCCCUCGGGGUCUCUCACGUCUGCCGAAGCCUCCACAGUUUCCCUGUUGGACUUGGAAGCUCAUUUUACCUCAGCUUUCACUGAAACUACCUCUGAUCUGGGGUUUUCAUUCAUUCCCCACGAAUCUUCCGUCACCUCACUGGUGCCCGCUGGCUCUGAGCCCACCCCGGACGUCCUAAGUGCUGGGACUCCCAUCCUGUCACCGUCAACCGCUUUCUCUUUGACACCUGUUUUACCUGAGUCUUCUCUGUCCUUUGCUCCCACACCGUUCGAUGACUUUGUCAGAGGUACAGGUGACCACACCACUGUCUUACCCUCUUCCUCCAGAGUCACUCCUACCAGUACAGCCUCAGUCACCAACGUGUACCUGUCCUCAGCACCCUCGGUUGUCUCAGAGCUGAGCCCCUCACCUCUGCCCACAGAGCCGGCCAUCGUGGGCCCCUCCUCGGCACCCACAGAUUCACCGUGGGACACCUCCCCUGAGCCAAGCACGUCUAGCGCUGGUGACACGGUGGACGGAGCCCUCAGUGGCCAUACUGCAAGUCAGAGUCCCCAGGGGAGCAGCUCAAUGCCACCCCUGCCAUCCCUCUAUCCUGUGAGCACUGCCACCCCUGAAGUGACUCCAGCACUGGUCACCACCCAGACACCGUACGUGUGCGACAUCACAGUCCCUGACGCCUACCUGAUCACAACUGUGCUGGCCAGAAGAGCCGUCCAGGAGUACAUCAUCACAGCCAUCAAGGAGGUGCUGAAGGUGCACUUCAGACGCGCCGUGGAGCUGCAGGUUUAUGAGCUGUUCACGGAUUUCACUUUUUUGGUAACAUCCGGUCCUUUCGUUUACACGGCAAUAUCAGUCAUUAAUGUCCUCAUCAACAGUAAACUCGUGCGUGACCAAACUCCCUUAAUCCUGUCUGUGAAGCCUUCAUUCCUGGUGCCUGAGUCCAGGUUCCAAGUUCAAACAGUACUUCAGUUUGUGCCUCCGAGUGUGGAUACCGGCUUCUGCAACUUCACCCAGCGCCUGGAGAAAGGCCUAAUGACAGCUCUGUUUGAAGUGAGAAAACACCAGCAGGGCACAUACAACCUCACCGUGCAGGUCUUGAAUGUCACCGUGGGCUCAAGGGUGGCCCCCCGCCGGGGCCCGGUCAACAUCGUCUUCGCUGUUAAAAGCGCACAGGGGUUUGUGAACGGCUCGGAGGUGAGCGAGCUGCUCCGGAACCUGAGCGUGGUGGAGUUCAGCUUCUACCUGGGGUACCCGGUGCUACAGAUUGCAGAACCCUUCCAGUACCCACAGCUCAACUUAUCUCAGUUACUGAAGUCCUCCUGGGUCAGAACAGUCCUCCUGGGCGUCGUGGAGAAGCAGCUGCAGAGUGAGGUGUUCCAGGCGGAGAUGGAGCGCAAGCUGGCGCAGCUGCUCAGCGAGGUGCCCGCCCGGAGGCGCGUGUGGAGGAGGGCCACGGUGGCCGCCGGCAACAGCGUGGUGCAGGUAGUGAAUGUGUCCCGGCUGGACGGGGAGGACAACCCUGUGCAGCUCAUCUACUUUGUGGAGGAUCAGGAUGGAGAGAGACUCAGCGCUGUCACGUCCUCCGACCUGAUUAACAAGAUUGACCUCCAGAGAGCAGCCAUCAUCUUGGGCUACCGGAUUCAAGGCGCUCUUGCCCAGCCUGUGGACAGGGUGAAGAGGCCCUCACCGGAGUCCCAGAGCAACAACCUGUGGAUCAUUGUUGGCGUGGUCAUCCCAGUGCUGGUGGUGACGGUGAUCAUCGUCAUCUUGUACUGGAAGCUGUGCCGCACGGACAAGCUGGACUUUCAGCCUGACACCGUGGCCAGCAUUCAGCAGCGGCAGAAGCUGCAGAUCCCUAGCGUAAAGGGCUUCGACUUUGCCAAGCAGCAUCUGGGGCAGCACAACAAAGAUGACAUAUUGAUUAUUCAUGAACCAGCGCCAUUGCCGGGACCUGUGAAAGACCACACCACGCCCUCGGAAAACGGAGAUGUCCCCAGCCCCAAGUCCAAGAUCCCUUCCAAGAACGUCCGCCACAGAGGAAGAGUUUCCCCCUCCGACGCCGACUCUACGGUGAGCGAGGAGUCCAGUGAGAGGGACUCGGGAGAUAAGGCGCCAGCAGCGGUCCCCGAGGGCAAGGCCCACCGAGCCCCGCAGAGCGGCCCCCGGCUGCCCAGUUCCGGGGCGGAGCAGCAUUCCUCGGCCUCCAUCUUCGAGCACGUAGACAGGAUUUCCCGCUCCUCGGAGGCCAGCCGACAGGUCCCCAGUAAGAUCCAGCUCAUCGCCAUGCAGCCCAUCCCAGCGCCCCCAGCGCAGCACCCCAUCCUCGCUGACCGAGUGGCAGAGACCAACAAAAUCAACAAAGAGAUCCAGACCGCCCUGCGGCACAAGUCGGAGAUCGAGCACCAUCGCAACAAGAUCCGCCUGCGCGCCAAGCGCCGAGGCCACUACGAGUUCCCGGUGGUGGACGAGCUGUCCUCGGGUGACACCAAGGAGCGGCACCGCGUGUACCGCAGGGCGCAGAUGCAGAUCGACAAGAUCCUGGACCCCACGGCCAGCGUGCCCUCUGUGUUCAUCGAGCCCAGGAAGAGCUCACGGAUAAAACGUUCCCCGAAGCCUCGGCGGAAACACCAGGUCAACGGCUGCCCGGCAGACGCCGAGAAGGACAGGCUCAUCACCACCGACAGCGAUGGCACCUACAAGCGGCCGCCUGGCGUGCACAACUCGGCCUACAUAGGCUGCCCGUCGGAUCCCGACCUCCCGGCCGAUGUGCAGACGCCGCCGUCCUCCACUGAGCUGGCCCGGUACCCCGGCCUCCCCUUCCCAGCCUCGCAGUACAUCCCGCCCCAGCCGUCCAUCGAGGAGGCCCGCCAGACCAUGCACUCCCUCUUGGACGACGCCUUCGCCCUUGUGGCACCCAGCAGCCAGCCCCCCAGUGCCGCAGGGCCGGGGGUCCCAGCAGGCCUGCCCCCGAACAGCACCCCUUCCCGGGAAGACAGACGAGCCGCCCAGUGGGGGUCCUUCUACAGCCCAGCACAGACGGCCAGCAACCCCUGCAGCAGAUACGAAGACUAUGGAAUGACUCCCCCAUCUGGCCCAUUGCCAAGGCCCAGCUUUGGUCCUGGCUUGCUGCCGUCGCCGGAGCUGGGGCCCCCCGACGCCCCACAGCCGCAGGCAGCUGCAGAAGCCCCCCUGGCCGCCCGCGGGGUCUACGCGGAGGAGAGGCCGCCAGUGGCCCGGCCCCGGCCCGUCGGGGGCACCGCAGGCUCCCAGAUCCAGCACCUGACACAGGUGGGAAUCGCCAGCAGGAUCGGGGCGCAGCCGGUGGAAAUCCCGGCCGUGAGAGGCAGCCAGUUCGUGGGCCCAGGCUGGGCUGCUUACGGGGAAGACGAUGCAGGCCGGAGAGAGGCCGUGCCAAGGACUUCGGGCAGGGAGCCCUCGGCUCCUCCUGGGAAUCUGGCCCAUCGUGGGUUGCAGGGCCCUGGGCUGGGCUACCCCACCAGCUCCACGGAAGACCUCCAGCCGGGACAUUCCUCAGCUUCCCUCAUCAAAGCCAUCCGAGAGGAGCUGCUCCGGCUCUCCCAGAAACAGAGCGCCGUGCAGAAUUUCCACAGCUGAUCGGCCCUGCCACGUAGGUUUGCCGGUAUCCGCUUCCCGUGGAAGCAAGACCAAGAGGAAAUCAACUGAGCGGAUGUGUAGAAGAGGAGCAGCAUCUCCUGGGCACGCUGCCCGCCUGAGGGAACAAGCCGCAGUUUCAGAUGUUGCCAUAACUCAUACGAUAAUUUUACUUAGGUUGGCCCUUUGGUGACCACUCGGGAAAUGUAUGUAUUUUUGGCCAAAAGCCAGCAGCACUUCACAAAAAUGAAACAUAAACCUAAGCUAACAAAAUUACUAAGUUAGUCUCCUUGUAAAAGGCGAAAGGUGGAGUAGAUGAUACAGGGCAGAAGGAAACCAAGCAUUUCUGUGGGAUUUGGACUGAGGUGUACCACGCACGUGCUGCUUUGUUCUCUGAGAAGAGAGAUUUGAAGACAUUUCAUUAACAGUUUGAUUUCCCUGUUUUCCUCCUUAGGAACUUAUUUUGAUAGUAACAUUAACAACGAACACUUAAGACUGUUGGGGAAUUUUAAAGAAAGCUACUAGUGAGAAACCAAAUGAUAGAUUGUAGAGCCUGGUGACCCCAGAUGAAGCCAUCACUGCGUUCUUCCUCCUCCUUUUCUGGUGCUAAAGCUCCGAAAUCCCCUUCAUCUUUUUGUGUGUGAAAUGCGACUUUGGCUUUUACAGUGGAAGAACAUGUUGGAGGUUUCAUUUUGUUCUAGGAAAAAAGAAAAGAAAAACAACUCCCAAGUUUGGGGGAGGUGGGGGAGCUAUUUAUUUGGUUAAUCAAAAUACAUAUCAAUGUUUAGAUUUUCAUUCUUAAUUCUAUUUGCUGUUUAUUACUUGGGCACUUGCGGCUCCAGGUGGAGCCCCCUUCUGCACAUGUGGUGAAGGUCAGCCCCUCAGAAUGAGGCUCUCAGGGGUCCUCACUCUUAGACCCUUGCACUUUGCUGAUGAUUGGCUCACAUAUCGUGCCGGAUGAAAAAUCUUAGGGAAGCAGACAUCAUUUCUGACGAGUCUUAGGAUCAUCCAGUUGCUACGGAUCCAUCUUAGCGAUCAGAUUCCCCGUGUGCGGAAUUGGAAUUUCCGGAAUUGGAAACGAGUCCAGUUCAGCCUCUGUCACAGAUCAAGAAGUGUGAAGAGGAGUUUUGAGACCACAAAGGAAAGGAAAGUUGCCCUUCAUCCUGAUUUUAUUGUGUUAUUACUUUGUUGAGUGACUGUUAAAACUGUUGUGCACUUUGGGCCAGGGAGAGGUGGGUCAUCUCACCAAAAAUGUACCCCCGAAGUUAGCAUUUCCCUCCUUCCCGUGCUAUAGUCAGAAAGACAGUGGUUUUCUAUUCUGAUGCUUGAGUGAAACUCGAAGGAUGUACAUGUGUACAGAAGAGAUUUCUACUAGGGGGCCUCUUUUUAGCAGAUGAACUAAUACUUUUGAUUAAACAAUAGGUAAUAAGGUAAAUUCAGGAUUCUGCCUAACCAGAAUCUGUGUAUCUGCAGUAAAUUUAAAGACCCUGGAUACAGCUAGAACAAGUUUCCAGAGUGUAGUCAUUGGUUUCAGGGUCAUGCUGGUUAGGCCUGUGAUACAGGUAUAGAAUCUCAGGACCAGGCAAAGUCCAUUCUGAGAAGUGGAAGUGUAUCCAGAAGCUCCUGUCUGGCUGUGUCCAGAGGCUCCAACAUGCAUGGGAGAAAAGUUCCUCCUCGAGAUUGAUUUCUUACCUCUUAUUCUUGUUUUAAUACUUUACUGUUCCCAAGGUGGAGGAUCCUCUCUCUGUGUCACUCAGAAAGAUCAGGUUUCCUAAAUGUGGUGUCAAGACUUUCACAUACCCCGAGUUUUAUGAUGGACCCUUACGAUGAAUUCAAAUCAUGUGACAGCAGAUGGAAUAAAUGGCCCUUUCUCUCCUGGUUCUGCUCCGUGUCAUAAGUGUUUCGCACGCAGAGUGUCCUAAAUGUGGUUACUUCCUUUGUAAGUUGCAGAAACGGGUCUCUGCUGCCAAGGAUAUAACUGCGACCACAGUUGUGAUGCCUUUCCAGCUACCAUAAAGGGAUUCUACCUGUAUUUUUAUUCUUAGAAUCAAUACACCUUUAAACCAAUGUCAAGACCAAAGACGACAUGUAACAAAGUACUGCUAGUGAAUGGAGCAGUGUGAGCAGGCCCCGGUGGGAUCACCAGCACUCUGUUGGUUGAAGAAAAACAAAGCACACUUGAUUUGCACUUGUUUGCUCUAGACAUCGCCCACAGCAGGUUGACCAGUUGCCAGAUUCAGAAUGCGCUGGCUGUGGGUGACACACCAUGCUCAGUGGGGCUCCAGACACUUAGUCAGUGUUCUUUGCUUAAAAGAAAGUCCUGUUGUUGAUCAUGUGUAGCUUUGGAGUUCCACAGAUUGAAGCGCUCUACACAAAGUUAAACUUUAGGUCUCUUCUUUUUUCCUGUUUUAGAAGUACUAGUGGUAAAAGAAACUAUAAAUCUGAGCCGGCAUUUUUUAGAAGAUUUUUUUGGAGGCGUCAACUUUGUCACUAAUCCACUGUGCCAAGUUCUUUCUCUGAACCUCAUUCUUCCUCAAGUAUAGACCUCCCCUGCCUGCCUCCUGGGAUUGUUGGUUGUGAGAACCAGGUGUGAUCCUGUGUGCAAACUUCCCUGGAGGAGGGAGCAUAAAGCACUGUGAAAAUGUAGCAUGUUUUCUGUGUCAAUGCCCUGGGAUGGCCUGUGUGAUAUGCUGUGACCUACCAGAGAACGGGUUCACACCUAGGCAACCAGAGCAAAAACGGAAAGCCUGGUGUGACUCAUCUUCCUCAUUCCUGUUUUAUUUUAAAUUCUCUUUCUCCCAUGACUUUCAAAAAGCAUCUCAAGUAUCUUUCUGCUCCUGAUUUUCUGCUCUGUCUGGCACCAAACAGGUCAGCAUAUGUGAGCCCUGCCUUCUGAAAUCUUAGACUCUAACUCGGAUAUUACAGAUGGGUAUAAAAGAUGAAAGAUACUGAUUUUUAAAAAACAUCCAUAACAUUCAUUCAAAGCACACAAGUGCAUUGGGCACUCAGAAGAAGUUGUGGAAGUCGCACAUCUCAGAGUGCUGGGUUCUGGUGAGAAGUGAACUGCAGAAGUUACUUGGAUGAAGACAGAGGAGCUGCCCAGGCCUAUGGUGAAAUGGCCUGGGACGAGCCCAGAGUGGGCCUGGGGGAGCAUGUGCAGAUUGGAGUAUGCUGUCUUUGAAAAAUGAAUUUUGAUUCUGAUCUGCUGUAGUGUAGGGACAGCAUAGGGAGCUUCAGAGGAGGAAGUAGUGCAGGGAGGAGCAUCUGCAGUAAUGCAACAAAUGAAUGACCAGGCUGGUAAAGGUCUACAUGGAAGAGCUCCACUGUGGGGAGGGGGAGGAGAGUACCAACAACUGCUGCAGGUGUGGUGCAUACCAAGUUAUGAAUAAAUACAUUUGACUUCUUCACAGAUACCUACAAGUUUUCUUCCCAGUUUUAUUUAAUUUCAGAAUGUGUGUUGAUCUCAGUGGCAUGUGGCUUUUAAGCAGUGCGUUUUUGGCAGCCAGAUUUUUCAGGGUACGAGGCCUGUGACGCAAACUGGAGGUGAAGGUGUGCUUGGAAGGCUUUGGGCUGAAACAAGUCAUUCUCUGCUGUAUGAGUCUCCCGUUUCCCACGAGCAAGGCCAGUGUUUACCGCAUUUGUAUGAUAACUUCAUGUGUGCUCCAUUAAGCAAGCCGUCCCCCAUGCAGAUCUGCUUGGUUGUGCUUCCCAAGUUAAUCAUUAAAGGAGCCUCACCGGGCCUUUCCUCUUGAGUUCUUAGAUGGGAAUGUAAUCGACGUGGGGAAGGAAGGCUGGUUGAGUUUUCUGGGCUCGGGGCCAGGGGCUUGCCCAGGCUUAAGUCUCACAUUAGCUUUAGUGAAAUUUUCAGCAGGUCAUUUCUACCUCCAAAGCAAGGCUCCAGACUUCAUCACCAGAGCCUGCUCAUCCGCAUUUGGCCCAGGCAGGAGCACAAGAAAGGCCACCUCUGAACCUGCAGAUGGGCCGCAUGAGCACAAACACAUUUUGGGCACAAUCCAUGAAACUUUUUACAUUGAAUCCAACACACUACAUUCUUCUUGUAACCGUAGAGGGGCUUUCAUGGGCUACUGCUGUAACACUCAUGAAAUGUUUAAGCUUACGAUUGUCACCUAGUGAACAAGGAAUAUGCACAUUUCUGGUUUCUUUUGACAUUUCUGGAGGUGAUUGUUGAUAUUUAAACUAGGACGCCUUUGUCCACUAUUAAAAAGACUUGAAAGCUGAAACGUCAAGGUGCAGUGCUAAUCCCAUGUUUGUGUGUGUAACAAUACACUUACAAGUUAUGCUACAAACACACAGCAGCAUAGAAGUAGAGAAGGAAUAUUAAAGUGCUUCGGGUACAUGAAGCAGUUAGGAUCCAGCAGGUAAAGCAAGAGAAGCAAUCAAUGUCUUCACCUGAUAACCUUGAGUCCAAACCAUUGUCCCACAGGGUAGGUAAAGAUCCAGGCUCCUUGCUUUGCCUUCUUUCCCCAGAGUUUUUCUGCUCUGGGACCAUUUUGCAUUUAAAGAACGAGUGAAUAGGUUGAAGGUACUGAGUGAAAAAUGGAAUAAUUUGAAUCUUACUGUCCCUGAUUAUGUAGAACCUUCCUCCUGGACUACCUGGAGUAGUCUUUCCUCGUGCCCACAAGAUUUCAAGUACUCAUAACUCAUCUUCCCAGGGCCAAGGUCAAGCCAGACACCCCGUCCUGUUCCUCCUGCAGUGUGGGAAGAGAAGAGGGAGGUGCUAGAGGAACUCAGUUGCUCUAAGCACCAGGGACUCAUUUCAAGGUGGAGUGAAAUGCUCCUGACAUUGCUGGCUCCCAAGGGCUCGCUGGGAGCAUUAACAGGAGAGGUUGCUCUGAGGAGCUGCUCUGCCUGGGGUGCUGACUCAUCUCCCCCCUUUCCAAGGUCCUGUUCUUCUGAUUCUUCCUGCACCCUCCUUCCUAGAUGAUGACGAUUAAUGUACGAAAUUGUGCAGAGCAAAUUGGAGCCGCCUGCGGCAUCAAUCCUGCAGCCUGAACUUGACAAUCAUAGUUUGCUGGUCUCAAACGGGCACUUAAAUCUCAGUAUGGGUAUAUGAUUUAGUAAUUGAACCUGCCCUUCUCUUUGUCGGUUAUGUUUCUACCUUCCAAUUAGCUGCACUGUUUUCUAAUGAGCUGUAGAGUUUUGGAAAUAAUUUAUGCAAGUGUUUGGUUUCCAUGUUUACAAUUUUUACAGCUUUCUUAGCAUUUUAAAUGGAAAUGUCAAUAAAUGCUAUGAAAUGGUGUCAACGUGA